UAAAGCUAGGCAACAAUUAUUUUUCUGUGACAAUGGCCGGAUAAUGGGCUUGUAAAAGCUUAUCCUAGCUUGCUUCUUUCUUCUUCUUCUUCCCUCUAAAUUCACCCUCUAGACGCCUCUCUCCACCCGAGAAUCCUAACUUCCUCCGGCCGCCACCUUCAGCCACCUACCGCCGAUUGUAGCCAGCGUAUUUGUCUUCAUCACCUUAUCCCUCUCAAAUUCCUAAAGUUUCGCUUUUUCUUGCCCUGUAAAUAUACUACUUCUGGCACGCUUGGUGCCAGCCCGACCAUUUUUUUUCUCCUUUUCAAUUAUUUCAUCGAACAGUUUACAGGCAUCCAUGUAGACCACCAAAACGCAAUGGUGUUCGCGCUAUAAUAGUUUUUUGUGUCAUUCACUUCGUUCCUCCUUCUAUAAAUUUGUCAUUUUUGAAAACAAAAAGUGAUGUUAAAGGUAAACCCUUUUGGCCCUUCACUCUCAAUGUUUAAUAAAAUCCCAUUUUCUUUACUUUAUCGGCGUGGUUUCCGGCGCGCUUUUCGCAUCUUUGAGGCUGGCCAUUGUAAUUCAUUUGCCAAACCUGUUAGUAUUGCGAACGUUAAUGUAAAUUUCUUUGCUGUUGAUAAAACAAGAAACUUAUCUGCGGUUGCUACUGCUAAGAAAUCAGGCUUGAAUGCGUCUAGUAGUAGUAGUAGAACUAAUGAAAUGACCAACAAAGCAAAGAAGAAAGCACGAAUGGAAUCACCUGAGUUUCUGCUUAAAAUUAAGCUUGAUAUGUGCUCGAAGCACGGCAAACUUGAGGAAGCGCUUCGUUUGUAUGAUGAAAGCAUCAGUAACGGGGUUAGUCUGAAUCUGCACCAUUACAAUAUGUUGCUUUAUUUGUGUGCUCGUGAAGCGAGUGGAGAUGGGAGUCAGUUGAAUGAGUUGAAGGAAUUAGGACUGAAGAGGGGUUUUGAGAUUUUUCAGAAAAUGGUUGGAGAUGAAGUUUCUCCCAAUGAGACUACUUUUACAAGCAUGGCAAGGUUGGCAGUAGCAAGGGAAGACCCGGAUAUGGCUUUUGAAUUGGUGAAGCAGAUGAAGAGUCUUGGAAUCCCGCCGAGACUAAGGUCAUACGGGCCGGCUUUGCUUGGAUUCUGCGAGAAAGGGAAUGCAGAGAAAGCAUAUGAAGUGGAUGCUUAUAUGUUUGAAUCAGGGGUGACGCCUGAGGAGCCUGAGCUCUCAGCUCUUCUGAAAGUUAGCAUCAAUACGAAGAAGGCCGACAAGGUGUAUGAGAUGUUGCAAAGAUUGCGAGCCUCAGUGAGGCAAGUCUCGGAAUCAACCCUUCAAGUUGUUGAGGAUUGGUUUAAAUCAAAGGAUGCUGCAAGUGUUGGGGCUGAAAAAUGGGAUGUGAAGCAGAUAAAGGAAGCAGUUAUAGGAGGAGGAGGAGGGUGGCAUGGGCUAGGGUGGCUUGGAAGUGGGAGAUGGAGGGUGGUGAGGACUGAAAUGACUGAGAAUGGUGUGUGUCGUUCCUGUGGUGAGAAGCUUGUUUGUAUUGAUAUUGAUCCAAAAGAGACGGAGAAUUUUGCUGCUAAAUUAACUGAGUUGGCAUGCAGUAAAGAGGUUAGAGCUGAUUUCGUUCAGUUCCAGGAGUGGUUGCAGCAGCAUGGACCAUUUGAUGCAGUUGUAGAUGGUGCAAAUGUGGCUCUCAUCAACUCAGAAGCUUUCAAUUUGAACCAGCUUAAAAAUGUUGUAAAUAAAUUACAACAAAUGAGUCCAACAAAAAGGUCUCCACUUAUUAUUUUGCAUCGAAGUCGGAUUGCACGGGAUCCUAAUAACAGGAAGUGGUUAGAGAGGUGGCAAAGGGCUGGGGUGCUUUAUGCUACUCCUUACGGAUCAAAUGAUGAUUGGUAUUGGCUAUAUGCUGCUGUUAGUUGCAAGUGUUUACUAGUGACAAAUGAUGAAAUGAGGGACCACUUGUUCCAGUUAUUAGGGAAUUCCUUUUUUCCAAGAUGGAAAGAGAAGCAUCAGGUUCGGUUAUCUAUGACGAGGACUGGUCUUGUGCUUCGUAUGCCACCCCCAUAUUCAAUUGUUAUUCAGGAAUCGGAAAGUGGUAGUUGGCACGUUCCUAGCAUAGCAGACGAUGAUCUUUUGACUCCAAGACAAUGGCUGUGUGCUUGUAGAAGCAAGAAAACGCCAUGAUUGCACUUGAACAAGCAAGUGGAAAAUCUGAAAGAGGGAAACAUGUAUUUUAUUCUUUUGAAGGUUAGAUGCUGCAAUUUAACAUAAUUUUUUUAAUGUAUUUUGAUGUUUCCAAAUUCAUGUUCUAAUAAAUAUUAUUGUAAAACUAGAAAAAGAAUAAUGGAAGGAUUUUGACCGAGAAAAUAUUUAUUAUGAAUAUAUUACAAGUUUUAUACAA